AUGUGUCGAUUUCUGGAAACCAGUCAGCAAAGAUCCGAUGAAUCUAUCAAGACACUGACCGAAGCUCAGGCUAUGCUAGAAGUUGAGAUCGCUGAAUUGCGAAAAGCAAACGAAGCCACACGAAGGGCCCAAGACAGAGAAAAUCUCCAUCUUGAAAGGACUGGAGUUCCGAUCGUCCAGGUCAACUCCCCUGAGAGGAACACAUACCACGUCAUAGAAGGGUCCCAAGGUCCUCUGCCAUCCUCUCCAACUCGUCUUCAACAAGGGGCUGAGGAGCAAUGGGCGGUCGACCAUUUCCAGCUGGGGAGAGUUUUAGUCGAUGGGGACAGUGGUGUUGAUAUCCUCUUCUGGAAAGCCUUUCAGAAGAUGGGACUCAAAGAAAGUCAGAUUAGACCCUCUGUUGCACCAAUCUUGGGAUUCAACAGCCAAAGGGUAUACCCGAAAGGCGCCGUUAGAUUAAAUGUAGUCACCAUAGAACGCACUUUGCCAGUGGACUUCCUCAUAGUGGACUCCGUCACAAGCUACAACGCCAUCAUGGGGAGGAACUGGAUCCACAGAAUGCAGGGAGUGGUCUCCACUUUGCACCAAUUUAUGCGGUGCCAAUUACCCAACAGUCGUUAUACAAUCGACAUAAAAGGGUGUCAGAAGCGGGCAAAGAAAUGCUUCCUUACCCUGAAAGAGAUAAAUAAUUAUGGCACCUCCUCUCCUGAUGACAACCCCACCAAAUAG